AGUCUUAUAUUUCAUCUCGUCUUAAACAGCGGUGUGUUGUUCGGUUCUUAACGAAGAAAAUACUGUCGAAAAGUAUUAAAAAAUCGUGAAUUAUUAGUUGAUUAUACUAGCCAUGAAGCUAGUAAUUUGAUAUUAAUUCAGGAAUUAAAUUCAUAUGCUUCUGAUAGUUCUGCUUAAGAAGAAAUCUUUUUUAUUAUUGUAAAAAAAGUAAAGAAAUCGAGAAAAAAAGAAACGAAAUUGAUGUAAAAACGAUGCCAUGAACGUAAAAAUUUCCCAAAUCCUAAUUUAACACGUGCCAAGUUUACAUCCGAAACCGAAUCAAAUUGAUUUUGAUUAUUUAUUGAUGACUUUUUUCUGUGUCAAACUUACUGUCGUCAUAAAAAGAUGUUCAAGUCAAGUCAUAAGGUGAUGUAAAGAUUGAAUGAAUUGUUCAAUUAUUUUGGGGUGAAAAGACAGACAAUCAGCGUAAGAAGCAUGGUUAAUACCGUUGAGAAUGAGACAUUGCCAAAGAGCAUCAACAAUGGACCCCGCGUGUCAUUUAAUCGUGAUGUGCAUGUUAAAAGAUAUGGCUCACAAUUGAAUCAUAAUGAUUCUUCAACUCACGAUUCAUUAACAUCGCGAUCUCAAUCGCCUGCUAAUUUUCGACGUGAACUACCGGCCGACUUAUCGGAAGAAGCUCUAGAGAGAGAAGCAGCUCUUGUUCUUGAACAAGCAAAAUACUUUGGUUCGUUGCCACACCGUAAAAAUCAACAUCGAAAGCCAAUUCGUCGUAGUAUAUCGGAUGCGUCGACAUCUAAAAAACCUAAACGCAGUUCCAUUUUUAACAUUUUUAACAACACAUCAACCUCCACUAACUCGCCUUCCCCAGUUAAUAAUCACAAUAAAAAAAGUAAUAAUGACAAGCAUGCGAAUAACAAGAAAGUAGAAAGAAGCAAAAGUGACGUAAGCUCGCGAAGUAGUCAAAGUUCGAAACGCGACAAGUAUCGUAAUCAAGUUCAUCUUAAAGGAAACUCGUUUAACAAUUUAACUAAUAGCAGUGAUAGCAGUGAUAAUACCAACAAUUUUAUAACAAACACGUCAAAGAAAAAAGUUCCAUUAAGUCCUAUCACCGAGGUUAAUAGUCCCUUAGCGGAUACUAAAAAUCCUCGCACCGAUUAUUUUGACGAUUUGUUAGAUAAGCGAAAGAUAAAACUAACAAACGGCAAAAGUUUUGCAAGCAGUGAAGACUUAGAUUUGAUACCGACAUCCGAUAAAAUAUCAUCAAAGUAUUCAAAGUCGGCAGAAACAAUGCACAGUUCACAAAUGCCAGCGGAAAAGCCCGCGUUAACUAAAGGCGUGGCUGUAGAUAAAAUGGUAAAGCGGUUAUCGAUUGAAGAACGUCUCUCGCCACCGCCUCAAAUAUUACAGGCUGGCGGCUUUUCUUACACAAAUCCUCAGCUUUCGCCUAUUAGUCCCCUCGCCUAUUCACCAACUAAACAUAAAUCCUUAUCACCUCCAUUAACAAAGUCUGAUCAACUCAAUAACGAUAUUGUGUACGCACAAGUAGUUUGCAAUGAAAUGAAAAAUGUUGAUGGUAGCAAAACAAUUACAAGCAAAGAAACGAUUCAUAAUACGCUAAAGAAGAAUCGUGAGUCAGCUAGUCCACCACCGAACAUUAAAAUAAAUCCGAAUCAUUCAAUUGAUAUGGUUGAUCAUUUAAUAGCCACAUCGCCUGCGAAAAACAGCAAUUAUCAAUUCAGGAACAGUGUGAAAAUCAUCACAGAUAACGAAGGCGAAAAGAGUUUUAUUGUUGAUGACGAGCCGAUUAUAAAACCAAAUAUAAGAAUUCAAAUUCCACGAUAUUCAUCCAACAACAAUAUCAACAACAAUCACUUAGAUAACGAUAAUAACGAUUUUGACUUUGAUCGCAACGAGAUGCGUGACACAGAUUUCAAUGGAUUAGAUUUGACACUUAGUAGUCGACGUGCGAUCUUGGAAUCGCGUAUUAAGUCGCGCAUUGGUGGCCUUCACAUUAAUAACAAUGACAACAACAAUACAUUCGCUCAACGAACGUCAUCAUCGCCACCCACAACAACCAAACGCUACCACAAAUAUGGAUCUAAUGAAAUUAUAAAUCGUUUUUCGCCCGAACGAAAUCAUCUCGAUGUUGUUCAUUCAUCGACGCCAUAUGAGUGGAAGCGAAGUAAAAAUCAAACUGAUGAUAACAACACGUUGCGUAAAAAUUCUUAUAAUUACAACAGCAAACACAAUGAAAAAGGUGAUUCUGGUAUUGAAGUUGACAAUGUAUCGAAAAAGAAUAAGAAGAAUAGCAACAAAAACGGUUCGUCGAGAUUUAACAUUGGCCGCAAAUGGAAUUACGAAGAUGACAUCAUUGAAUGUGAGUUGUUUCUCAUGAAGGAGAAGAAACAUACGGAAGAAACUUAUCCAUAUCAACUUGUGAAAACGUUUGUUUAUCGUGAACGAUCUAUUGAUGAUGGAUCACAUUAUGAUCCAAAUUUGGACAAGAUGAAUAUCAUCAAGGAGUGGAAACAUAACAAGAAAAUCACGAGGGACUUUUUAAAGUCAAAAAAGAAGAAAAGUGGAUUGGAGAAGGUGAAGGAACUGUUUAAGUCGAAGUCAAAGACCAAUGGUGUUGAUGACAAUGAAGUGAGAUCAAGAUAUCGCGAAUAUUCACCAAACUUGGACCCACCACCAAUCAGUCGUCAACAGGAUAUUGCUAAUCGAAGACGGUUAUCAACGCCUACAGCGAGUCCCGUUGUAACAAGUCGUUCAAAAUCAUUGCCGCCGAAAAGUAAGAAAAUUAAUGGCCAUGUUACAUCAACAACACCAAACAGCACACUUAAACGUGACAAGGAGAAUAGUCCACAAAAGUUUAACUGGUUUGCUUCGCUUGAUCGCCUAUCGAAAAAGAAAACGAGAGAGCCAUCAAAUGCAUCCACAAUUGAUCGAAAGUCAACAAUUUCCAGAACAAAAUCGACAAGCAUGAAAAACAUUUCAACAAAUGGAUCGAACAAGACUUUACGAUUUUUCGGUGACACCGACGCUGAUGAAGUUGAUUCCAUUUCAAGAGGGACGUCAAAAAAGCUUAAUUCAUCACAAGAGGUUCGCUUAAAGAGCUCUUCUUUGCAAAAUUUAAAUGCACAGAAGAAAGUGAAACAGACAAAAGCAAUUUCACGAUCUCGCGCCGAACUACAAGACAUUUCUGAAAGCACCUCGGACACGGAAUUCCAUAAACAUGAAUCACCAAUUCGUCGAUCACCAUCACCAAUUGUCAAUAAACAUUUGCCCCCACCACGACCACCAAAAUCUUCGAAGUUAGUCAGCGCAGUCUCAUCAACAUUGCCUCGGUCGCCGAGAAGAAAAAUGUUUGAGGAAGACAACAUUGAUCGCGAUUUUACACAUCGUGAUGUGCAAGAGUCAACGCCUUAUUAUCAAAAGAAGGAAAGUUUUGAAUCUGAUUCGUUGUCAAAUUUAACAUCUGCAAGACGACUUCGUGAAAGUUUAUCUGUUAGUCGUGAGAAUCUCCAUCGUGAUCGUUUUGAUAGUGAUGCUAGUCAACGAAGUGUUGUUUAUUUACAUGCUACAACUGUUGGAGACAUUCCAUCACAAACUCUCGAUCGUCGUAGAAUGUCAGGCAAGAACAGCAUCAAAUCAGCAAUUCAACAAGAACAACCAAUGAUGCGAACUGUUAACCGAUCAGUUUCCAUGAAUGCACCAUGGAAACCAAAAUUCAUAAGUGAUGGAUAUGAAAUCAAUUACAACAAUGAUGUUCAGAAGGGGAGAUAUCAUCAAGAGAAACUACGAAGCAAAAGCGCCACACGCGAUAAAUCAACAGAAAGACGAAGAUGGGACCGCGACACUCCCAAACGAAUUUGAAAAUUGUUUUAGGAAAAACGUGGAAUUGAAUAUUGGAUUAAAUAUUUUAUGUCAAAACUCUCAGACAUGUUGAUAGUUUAUUAAUUAAUUAAUUAUCUAAAUAUAAUCCUUUCCUUGAGAACUUUUAAUAAUUUAAUGACUCCAUUAAGAGUAAAAGAAACAUGAAUUAUUAAUAUUUUCAUCUCCAGUCACUUUAUACUAACAUUUUAAUGUUUUUUUAAAAAUGAUGAGCUGUAAAAAUUGAUUGUAAUAUUUUUGAAUGAAUAAAAUGAGAUGAUUUACUAAUUUUUUUAAAAAAACAUA